AUGGCUCCUGGCCCCUUCAGCCUCCCCAACAGCAGCUCCUCCUCCUUCGUCCUUGUGGGUGUCCCCACCCUGGAAGCUUUCCCCAUCUGCCUGGGCAUCCUUUUCUGCUCAGCGUACAUCCUCGCCCUGCUAGGAAAUAGCACGGUCCUGCUGGUCAUUGCACUGGACAGGUCCCUGCGGGACCCCAUGCACUGCUUCCUGGCCAUGCUGGCCGCCAUCGACGUGGUGAUGGUGACGUCCAUCGUCCCCAAGCUGCUGGGCAUCUUCUGGCUCCGUUCCAACCAGAUGGGUUACACCGCCUGCUUUGCUCAGAUGUUCUUUGUUCACUCCGCCACAUCAGAGGAGUCAGGAGUGCUCCUGGCCAUGGCUUUUGACCGCUACGUGGCCAUUUGUCACCCCCUCAGGUACAGAAUGAUCCUGAAUCGACAAACAGUUGCCCGGAUAUGCCUGGCCAUCGUGGUGAGAGCACUGCUUUCCAUGGUGCCGUUGACAGGGAUGGUGACAAAACUCCCCUACUGCCGUUCCCUCGUGGUUCCCCAUUCAUACUGCGAGCACAUGGCUGUCACCAGUCUUGCCUGCGCAGACCCCAACCCCAGCAGGCUGUACAGCAUAUCCAUGUCCUCUCUCAUAGUAGGGACGGACACAGCUUUCAUUGCUGCGUCCUACCUGAUGAUCCUGAAAGCUGUCCUGGGCAAGGAAUCGUGCAGGAGGGCCUUCAGCACCUGCGGGUGCCACAUCUGUGUGAUGAUGCUGUACUACAUCCCCGGCCUGCUCUCCAUCUACGUGCAGCACUUUGGCCAGGCUGUGUCUGUGCGUGCACAGGUUCUGCUGGCCGACCUCUACCUCACCCUCCCCGCCGUGCUGAACCCCAUCAUCUACAGCAUGAGGACCAGGCAGAUCCAGAAGGCAGUGCUCAACCUGCUGCGCCCCAGGAAGGCUCACGGCUGUCACAGCGCUCAGUGA